CGUUCCCUCCCUGCCUUUGAUGCAGACAUCGAUGAGUGUGCAGAGGGUUUGAGCUCGUGUGGCGAUUACUCCCAGUGCCUGAACCUUCCCGGGACGCACCGCUGCCAGUGCCAGAGCGGCUUCGAACUGGGCUAUGAAAGCCGGACCUGUGUUGACAUAGAUGAGUGCAUGUCGUCUCCAUGCCACAUCAGUGCCAGAUGUGCCAACGCCCAGGGCUCCUUCCAGUGUCAGUGCCUGCCUGGGUUUUACGGCGACGGUUUCAACUGCUCCCCUCAGGCGGAUCGCCCGAGGAGCCAGUGUGAGCAGCACAGAGACAGUUUACAGAGUGGAGGACAGCCGAGUGUUGGAGCCUACAUCCCUCAGUGUGAUUCUGAUGGGCAGUAUCGACCACGCCAGUGCCAUGGUUCUACAGGACAUUGUUGGUGUGUGGACAGUAGAGGACAGGAAAAACCCGAAACCAGGACUCCACCUGGCACCGCACCGCUAGCCUGUGAUUCAUUAGAUAAACCAGAGCGUCCAAAGACUCAGUGUGAACGCCACAGAGACAGAGUCCAGACCAGCAGUCCAGAUGGAUUCCCUCUGGCUGGAGCCUACGUACCUCAGUGUGAUGAAAAUGGACAAUACAGGCAACUGCAGUGCCACAGCUCUACUGGAUACUGUUGGUGUGUGGACAGCCUGGGAGAAGAACGCCCAGGAACCCGAACCCCGCCUGGUACGCCCCCCACAGACUGUGACAAACCGGAGCGUCCAAAGACUCACUGUGAGCACCACAGAGACAGCGUCCAGACCAGCUCAGAUGGGUUUCCUCCUCCUGGAGCCUACAUACCUCAAUGUGAUCAAAAUGGACUCUAUCUACCAGAGCAGUGCCAUGGGUCUACUGGACAUUGUUGGUGUGUGAACAGCAGUGGACAGGAGAGAGCCGGAACCAGGACUGGACCUGGUUCAUCUCGUGUCGACUGCAGAACAGAUAAACCAGAGCGUCCAAAGACUCACUGUGAGCAUCACAGGGACAGCGUCCAGACCACCAGUCCAGAUGGACUUCCUCUAGUUGGAGCCUACGUACCUCAGUGUGAUGAAAAUGGACUCUAUGUACCAGAGCAGUGCCAUGGUUCUACUGGAUAUUGUUGGUGUGUGGACAGUAGAGGACAGGAGAGAGCUGGAACCAGGACUGGACCUGGUUCACCAAGUGUGGACUGCAGAACAGAGCGUCCAAAGACUCACUGUGAGCAUCACAGAGAUGGCGUCCAGACCACCGGUCCAGAUGGACUUCCUCUACUUGGAGUCUACGUACCACAAUGUGAUGAAAAUGGACUUUAUAUAUCACAGCAGUGCCAUGGUUCUACUGGACACUGUUGGUGUGUGGACGAUAGAGGACAAGAGCUCCCAGAAACCAGGACUGCACCUGGUGCACCUCAUGUAGACUGCAGCAGAACAGAGGAACCAGAGCGUUCAAAGACUCACUGUGAGCAUCACAGGGACAGUGUUCAAACCACCAGUCCAGAUGGACUCACUUUACUUGGAGUCUAUGUACCUCAGUGUGAUGAAAAUGGACUCUAUGUACCACAGCAGUGCCAUGGUUCUACUGGCUAUUGUUGGUGUGUGGAUAGUAGAGGACAGGAGAGAGCCGGAACCAGAACUGGACCUGGUUUACCUCAUGUAGACUGCAGAAGAGAGGAACCAGAGCGUCGAAAGACUCACUGUGAGCACCACAGAGACAGCGUCCAGACCAGCUCAGAUGGGUUUCCUCCUCCUGGAGCCUACAUACCUCAAUGUGACCAAAAUGGACUCUAUCUACCAGAGCAGUGUCAUGGGUCUACUGGACAUUGUUGGUGUGUGAACAGCAGUGGACAGGAGAGAGCCGGAACCAGGACUGGACCUGGUUCACCUCGUGUCGACUGCAGAACAGAUGAACCAGAGCGUCCAAAGACUCACUGUGAGCACCACAGAGACAGCGUCCAGACCAGCUCAGAUGGGUUUCCUCCUCCUGGAGCCUACAUACCUCAAUGUGACCAAAAUGGACUCUAUCUACCAGAGCAGUGUCAUGAGUCUACUGGACAUUGUUGGUGUGUGAACAGUAGUGGACAGGAGAGAGCCGGAACCAGGACUGGACCUGGUUCACCUCGUGUCGACUGCAGAACAGAUCAACCGGAGCGUCCUAAAACUCCCUGUGAGCACCACAAGGAAAGAGUUCAGGCCUCUGGCUCGCGUGAAUAUCCUGUAGCUGGAGCCUAUGUGCCUCAGUGUGACGCCGAUGGACAGUACAUACCACUACAGUGCCACUCGUCCACUGGUUAUUGUUGGUGUGUCAAUGAAGACGGACAGGAGAAAGCAGGAACUAGAACCCCACCUGGUGCUCAACCAAGAGACUGUGUGAAACCAGUUGCACCUAAAACUCCAUGUGAGGAGCAGAGAGACAGAGCACAGGCCAGCAUUCAGGAGCGUUACCCCGUAGCUGGAGUGUUUGUCCCUCGCUGUGAUGCACAGGGGCAGUUUGUAUCUCAACAGUGCCAUGGAUCUACUGGACAUUGUUGGUGUGUUGACAGCAGUGGACAGGAACGAGCAGGAAGUAGGACUGCACCUGGCGCUUCACCUGUAGACUGCAGGAAACCAGCGCCUACCAAUCGAGCCGAGAGCGUGUGUGAGAGAUGGAGGGCCAGUUUGAUCGAGCACUAUGGAGGGAACCCGGACCCCCAGCAGUAUUUGCCUCAGUGCGAAUCGGAUGGAGAAUUCAGUCCGGUCCAGUGUUACGGGGAGUCCACUUACUGCUGGUGUGUGGACCAGGAGGGCCGGGAAGUAGAUGGUACUCGCUCACACGACGCAGUCAAACCAGCAUGCCUCCCAUCGGUGGCCCCGCCCAUCGUCCGUCCCAUCACCCGUCCGGAUGUGACGCCUCCGGCGAAAACCGCUGUCACUCUCCUCUACGCUCAGGGCCAGAAAAUCGGAGCCCUGCCUCUGAAUGGGAGCCGGCUGGACGCAGAGCGCUCCAAAACGCUGCUGACGCUCCACGGCUCCAUUGUUGUCGGUAUCGCCUACGACUGCAAGGAAAAUAAAGUCUAUUGGACGGAUCUGUCAGCGAGGACGAUCAACAGAGCUUCAAUGGCGUCUGGAGCUGAGCCGGAGACGCUCAUCAACACAAAUCUCGUCAGUCCAGAGGGGUUGGCUCUGGAUGCCAAGCGCAGGUUGAUGUUUUGGGUCGACUCGAACACAGACGUGAUAGAAAGCGCAAGCCUGGACGGCAACAGGAGGCGGACCCUGUUCGACUCGGACCUGGUCAACCCGCGGGCCAUCGUAGUUGUCUCAUCCACCGGGAGUCUUUACUGGACCGACUGGAACCGAGAGGCGCCGAAGAUCGAGACGUCCACUGUGGACGGUCAGGGCCGUAGAGUGGUUGUAUCUGACGGCGUCGGGUUGCCGAACGCGCUGACCUACGACCUCUCCUCUGGGCAGAUCUGCUGGGGCGAUGCAGGCACCAAGCGUUUGGAGUGCAUAUCUCCAAACGGAUCCGGCCGCAGGGUGAUCAACUCUGACCUGAACUACCCGUUCAGCAUGGUCUACCAUAGCAACCACUUCUACUUCAGCGACUGGAGGAGGGACGGCGUGAUCGCAGUCGACAAAGUCAGCAGCAAGUUCACCGACGAAUACCUGCCUGAGCAGCGGUCUCACCUCUACGGCAUCACCAUAGCAACCACCCACUGUCUACCAGGGAGCCUCUAACGAAGGACCAGCAGUCCUUUGGUGCUACAGUCGCUGGAUGGAAGCAAGAGUUACAACCCUCACUGUCCUCACCCUCAAAAUAUAACCCAAAGUAAAUGUUUUGUAAAUUUUUUUAUACCUAAUUUUUUUCUACUGUUUUGAGUUAUUUUGUUUUCUAUCAAAGCUACAGAACAAAAGAUUUUAAAAGUUUUUCACAAGUGUUUUCCUAUCACUUAAAGGGAAGUAAAAAAGUUGGAAGCAGUUAAUCAAUUUUGAAUUUCACUAUAUUGGUGUAAAACGUUGAUGCUGGUUUGUGCCGCUAUCAUUUUAAAGAAAUUAAUAAAUGUUUCCAGAUGUCAUCGAAGGUUAACAGAAUUGAACAAAUUUAGUCUCAAUCAGCUGUGCUACAAAUAUUCAAGCCACACAAACAUAGCACAAUUAAUUUAUAGGAGAUUUGUUAGUCUUAAAAAUUAUAGCGGCACAAACUAAAAUGUUUGACACCAAUUUAGUUCUGCAGUAGGUAUGAUUCCUGCUGUCUUAAUUUAGAAUAAAUUUUGGUCGAUAGCUGGUUAGCCGUUAGCUUUAGCGACUUAUUCUAAAUACAAUGCAGAUCGUUAUCUACUACAGGUAACAUAUUGACUGCUUUUAACUCAACGGAAGCUGGAAAACAGAACAGUAACAGCAUCAGGGUUUUUCUGCGUACAGUUUCUGUUUCAUGCAACUUCAGUGACUUUUUAAGUAAUUUGUGUUCUUUCUUAUUAAUAAUUAUUUGGAUUCAGCAGUAUUAGUAUUGCUCCAGAGCCAGGAGAUGGCAAAUUCAGCUGCAUGUCGCCAAGAACUACAAGAAAUGUUGGUUUUAUUUAGAGUUAUUAUUUCUUUGUGUUAGCUUCAGUUUAAAAAAACUGCAGCUUAGACGAAGCGCUUGAAUCUGCGGUUCGGACAUAAAUGGUGCCAAUCGGACUGAUGCCAGCAGCAAACCUGUAUUAAUAAUAAAAUACAUUUCUGAAACAAAAGCAGCACAACCCACAGAUUGCAGCAGCUGCAGUCCUGGAUUCCCCACAGGA